AUGGUGCCCCACCGGGUACACAGAUGGGCCACCGAGAGCCAACCACCGCACCAGUGGUGUUUCCGCUGUACCCUCGGGAUACAGAAAAACACAUGGAGUGCAACCUUUGACACUCAUGUAACCUGUGAUCCCAGCCUGCUUGGGGUGACCUACGAUGGUUACUUUCCGACUACGGGCGACUUGACUCAGAUUUGCGCCCAGUCAUGUUUCAAGUCUCUCAGUACAUUGAAUGCCCUCCAGAAACGCGCCUGCUCAAAACAAGAUGUGUUGAUUAUCUCAGGGGAACAUUAUCCUGCGACCUUCACCAUAGAGACCUUGCUCUGGACUUACAACUUUACUUGUCGUCAAGAGCCGACUACUGGCGAUUUUUGCGCCCCUAUAUUUGAUUCGUGGGCUGAUGGAAACGCCCCCAACCAAAGUUGCUCCGACUGUGUGCUGGGAACUUACCAGGAACAGUUGAACUUUCCUUUAGGUUAUGAUGAAGAUCAAGCGUCCAGUUUCUCAUCCUUGACUUCGUCCUGCGGUGUAAGCAACUUCCCAGUAACUUCGCCUGCUCCUGCCACCGUCCAUCAGAACAUCACGGCAAUACCCACUUCGACCGCCGGUGGGGCAUCUAAGUCCUGCAGCAGUACUUACACGAUUCAGGAAGGGGAUGACUGUCAUUCCAUCAGUCGUUCGCAGCAGGUCUCCACUGCAGAAAUGUUGUACUUCAAUAACCUCGAAGCGGGCUGCGCCAACUUUCCUACAAUGGGUACGAAACUGUGCAUGCCUCACAAAUGUAGCGUCUACACUGUCAAGACAGACGACACAUGCUACAGUAUCACAGAUGCCCACAACAGCACAUUCACUAUGUCCCAAUUGAUAUCCUGGAACGUCGACAUCAACAGUGGCUGCGACAAUCUCGAAAUGCUUUCAGGCAACCAGAUAUGUGUCAGCUUCCCUGGCAAUGCAAGUGCCCCCACCGUUACAGGGGCCCCUGCUAAACAGUCAAUGCGAACAUUUUCCUGCUAUACCCCAGGUGCCACAGCUCGAGACGACAGCUGCUACGUGACCACCUACGCAACCUUGCCGCCAUGGACCUGGAGCCCCGUCAAUACCAAAACAAACAUCAGUGCCGGGACGUCAAGCUCUAUUCAGAGCUUCUCUUACUCGAGUAUUCCUGUGACUCCCGUCCCGAGCUUCAGCACUUACUCUCCUUCCCAUUACCCGGACCCAACUCCACGGCCGUUCCAAAAGGGCAUGGUAUCAGGUUGCACCAAUUUCUGGAUGGCUGAGGCUAAUGACUCUUGUAUCGACCUUGCUCAGCGGUGGGGCAUCCCAGUCAAAAGCAUGUACGCCUGGAAUCCAGCUUUAAAGGGUGACUGUUCCGGCCUUCAAGUGGGUGAGAAUUAUUGUAUGAAACGAGACGAAAGCAGCGUUUCUGCCUCUCCCACUAAUGCUAGCAGCAGCACGUCUGCCACUCAAAGUAACUCCGGCGGACCCCCGGGUCCAACCCAGACUGGAAUCCCUGAUGACUGCAACAAAUGGGUGAUGCAGAAGGACAAUAACUAUUGUCAAGAUAUGGCGGAUCAAGCAGGAAUUUCCCUGGAUUGUCUCUACGAGAUGAACCCCGCCCUCAACACGAAGAAGGGUGAAUGUCAGGGGCUGUUGGCUGGAGAAGCAUACUGCAUCGGAACUACUUCCAACAAAUGUAAAUAA